UAAUGUUACUCUUUAACAGAGUCGCUUGCCAGUCCGCUGGAUGUCCCCAGAAGCUCUGUUUGACAAUAUAUAUUCCACACAGUCUGAUGUCUGGGCCUAUGGAGUCUUGCUCUGGGAGAUUGUCACACUGGGUUCCAGUCCCUAUCCUGGUAUGUCAGCCAAGCAGGUGAUGGAAGCUGUAACUGAAGGAUACCGGAUGCCCCAACCACCACACUGUUCACUGGGCAUGUACAUCAUCAUGUUGUCCUGCUGGGAAGAAGUCCCAAGUUCAAGGUCAACAUUCAAAGACAUUGUUAACUCCUUGGAUGUCCUCCUGGCCUCUGACAGUGAUGUUCUUACUCUGGGGAAGUUUGAGGAGAAACUGUACGAGGACAUGGACAAGUACAAUGCAGAAGAAAAAUGUUGAAGAAUAUUUCAAAUACAUGUGGUCUCACUUCGGCAUUAGUAUACAUUGCAGCUUUGGCCAGUAUUUUUUGUGUUUAACGAAAUAGCCAUAGUGAAUAUAUACAUGCAUUUAAAGCAUAAUAUCCAUUCUGCCAAAACAGGUUUGAAAUGUCCACACGGGGACAGGAUCUAGUAGCAGUGCCAUUUGUGACACGUACAUAGCAACCAAAUGCACUGUAUAUGGCUUAUGCUAUAGAAAGGUUAUAAGUGACAAAAUAGAGCAUUCGGAACUGGGAACUAACAGAUCUGCCAACCGCAGAUCAAAUAUUGAUGACCCAAUUAGAAUGCUUGUUGUGU